AUUCUUCUUGAAGCUCUGAGUGUAUACAGACCAGGAAUGGCCAACUUGUCCCUCAGUUAGUGGAUUAAUUCCCUUCACCAGAAUUACUUCCUGGUAGAGACACAGAAAUCACUUGAGGCCACAUUUUAAUACAAAUCGUACUUUACAUACUUCCAAGAUGAGUGAGCAGGAGGUCACUUACACAACUCUGAGAUUUCAUAAGUCUUCAGGGUUGCAGAACCCAGUGAGGCCUGAGGAGACUCAAAGGCCCAGAGAUGUGGGCCACAGAGAGUGUUCAGUCCCCUGGAAGUUCAUUGUGAUAGUUCUUGGAAUCCUCUGUUUCCUUCUGCUGGUAACUGUGGCAGUGUUGGUGAUACACAUUUUCCGGGAUGGACAAGAGAAACAUGAACAGGAGAAAACUCUAAAUAACCUCCGUCAAGAGUACCAGGUCAUGAAAAAUGACAGCUCCUUAAUGGAAGAAAUGUUAAGAAAUAAGUCUUCAGAGUGUAAGGCCCUCAAUGAUAGCCUGCACUACCUCAACAGAGAACAGAACAGAUGCCUCAGGAAAACCAAGAUUGUUUUAGAUUGCUCACAGAACAAAGGCAAGCAAGUGGAAGGAUACUGGUUCUGCUGUGGCAUGAAAUGUUAUUAUUUCAUCAUGGAUGAUAAAAAAUUGAAAGGAUGUAAACAGAUCUGCCAGGCUUACAACUUAACUCUUUUGAAGACAAAUGAUGAGGAUGAAUUGAAGUUCCUUAAAUCCCAACUUCAAAGAAACACAUACUGGAUUGCACUGACACAUCACGAAAGCAAAGAGGAAUCGCAACAGAUUGGUGAUAGACCAUCUAAACCGGCUCAAGAAGAGCAAAGUUUCAUUGAAGAUUUAUCCCUCUGCCAUCUCAUCCCUGUGGAUUUCUUUCCCUGGUUCAUCUUCUCUGACACAGAUUGUCAUGUUUCAGCAGCAAGGAAUUCAGUACCUAAUAGAGAAAAGUGUGCAUAUCUAAAUUCAUUUUCUACAGAAGAGGAUGACCGUGCUAGAAAUCAUGGUUGUAUUUGUGAAAAGAGAUUGAAUAAAUUCCCUAUUCCAGGGAGCUGUGCCAAGGGAAGAACUCAAUCUGCUCUGCAGAGGGAUGAAGAUGAAAGUUAAGAAAUGUUUUGACAACAGACUUAACAGAGCAGGAGCCAUCUUCCUUCCUGGUAAACAGAGAAGCUUGUGUCUGAAGAAUGGACACUCUUUGCCCUAAGCUUUGAAGAAUCACUCUGUUUCCUGAAUUAUACACAGAACAAUAUACAAUACUCAGACAAUCACUCACAUUCUUAAUCAUCACUAGGAUAAUCCAUUUCUAUAACCUGUUGCUCUGAAAUCACUUAAGAACCAGGAUGCAGUUGCUGUUUGUUAGUUGGUUGGUAACUUUUUAUUUUUAUUUUUUGGAGGUAGGAGAAUUAACCUGAAAAUUUUUUUAUUUGCUGGAAAAUAUAAUUUUAUAACUUGAUGAUAGUUGCCAAGCUAUUUUAGUGAACCCAUACAACCUUUCAUAUUUCAUGUGUUCUUAUUCUCUCUCUCUCCCUCCCUCCCUCCCUCUGUGUGUAUGUGUGUGUUUGUGUGUGUGUGUGUGUGUGUGUGUGUGUGUGUAUGUGUUUGUCUUUCUGUCUCUGUUUCCCUGAUCAAUAUAAUGCAUUUGGUGAUAAAUGGAAACCCCAUAGUUGCAGUAAUAUUUAUUGACGCCAGCUAGAUGCAAUGGCUCAGAGGUAUAAUUUAUAGGUACGUGAGUUUGAAGGCAGUCUAGGCUACAUAGUAUGUUUGUGGCCAUUGUGGGCCUUAGUGUGAGACUCUGUUAUGAAAUAUAAUUAUGAUGAUGAUGAUGAUGAUAAUAACAUUAAACUGUCCAUAAAUAUUUUCUAAAAACAA